UAUUUUGACGUUGACGUUCGACCACGUUUGACCAAUUUCAACAAUUGUCAAAUAACGUGACGUCGAAUUGCUGUAUAUGAAGAAUCGCUCAAACCAAUUUACAACAAUAAUAAUCCAAGCAUGAGUGCAAUCUUUAAUGGGAGUGAUAGUAAUGAAAACAUUAUUAUUUUUGAUAUAUCAAAAAAUGAAAGAAAAUUAAAUGAUGAGUUUAAAGUACUUCAACGAAAAUUGAAAGGAAAGUGGAAAUUUAUCGAGAACAAUGAAGUAAUAUCGCAAGAAUCAUUGACAAACGCCAAAAUUCUUGUGUUACCAGGACCGCUAAGUAAAUUUACCGAACUUGAAAUGAAUUCCAUCAGAACUUUUUUAAAUUCUGGUGGCAAUAUUCUUGUCACGCUUGAAGAGGGUGGUGAAAAUAAAUCCAAUACAAACAUUAAUUUUUUGCUGGAAGAAUUUGGUAUAAUGGUGAAUAAUGAUAGUGUAGCCCGCAUGAGUUACAGUCAAACAAUGCAUCCUAAAGAAUCUCUAAUCUCCCAAGGCUUAUCAAAUAAAUCUAUAUUUCUGAAGAAUCAUGACGAAUACAUUGAUAUGAAAUUUUUGUACCCUUACGGUGCAACAUUAAACGUGGUGCAACCAUCUGUUGUUGCUUUAUCCAGUGGAUCAAUCACUAUUCCAAUGAAUAGGCCAAUCUGCGCAUAUCAUUGUGUAAAAAACAGUAAUGGCAAGCUCAUUGUAUUAGGUUCGUCUAAAAUGUUGACAGAUACUUACAUAGAAAAAGAGAAUAAUGAUGCAUUACGGGAAAUGAUUUUUGACUUUUUUGAAGUAAAUAUUACAGAAAAGGAAGAUUUUCAUACGGAUGAUAUAGAAUUUUGGGAAUACAACUUUGUACCAGACAUAACGCAACAGGCUGACAAUCCAAAAGUUUGCACAUCAGAUUUAGACAAUAUUGAUAUACCUCGCGAAUACACUAAAUUAUUUAAAAAUCAUUUUUAUUCUAUAAAUUUAAAUAUGAUACCAGCGUGCAUAAAAGCGUAUGAAGCUUUAGGAGUAAAACAUGAACCACUUACUUUGAUUCCACCUCAUUUUGAAGCACCUCUACCUCCCACACAAGCUUCGGUAUUUCCUCCAAGCUUUCAAGAAUUACCGCCACCUGCUUUAGAGUUGUUUGAUCUAGAUGAAGCAUUCAGUUCUGAUUUAUUAAAAUUAUCACAAAUUACUAAUAAAUAUAUGGCAACGAAAGAGCUAUCAAAUGACAAGGAAUUAGAUCACUAUAUCAGAGAAUUUGGAAGUAUAAUAAGGAUAAACAAUUCAGACACACACACUGCUAAAGAAGUAUUAAGUUUUGUUUUUCAAAAAAUCUGCAGUUAUAAGACAAUGCAUGAUUGA